GACGCACGGUGUUCUGAACAACGGCUGGUGGUGACAUUUUAAAGAAGUAGAACAAGGUAGAGGGAGGAGGAGGAGGCGUUAAAUAAAUCGGGCUGUAAUCUGGUGUUUAGUCUUGCUGUAUGUAUGGCCUGUGAAAUAAUAUGUUAAUGAAGGUGGGAACGUAAAAAAAAGUUCAUUUUAUUUCCAGGCUUGCCCCUGUGACGGAUUUUAUCAACGUUCCCUGCCCCCUAAGCCCCAUUAUUCCCCUGUGCUCUAUGAUCUGACCAGGGAGGGUCCGGCAACCGACUGACAUGAAGAUGGCUGAUGCGGAGAAGGCGGAAGAGCUUGUGAAUUCCAAGACCCCUCCAGAAACCCCUUUGGAAGUUGCAGCAGGAGACGAGACCCUGAAAACAGAGACCUCCCCCUCGGAGAAAGGAGACAGUCCCCUCCAGACUGACCCAGGUCUUCUUUCCUCCAUGCCUUGCCUUCUAAUGGAGCUUCGACGGGACUCUCCUGAGUCACAGCAGGCCUCCACGGAGAGUGAGAAACAGACGCCCAGCCGGACCUACGAGAGUGACUCCUCCAACCACUGCAUGCUGUCGCCAUCCUCCAGUGGCCACCUUGCUGACUCGGACACACUGUCCUCUGCUGAAGAGAACGGGGCACCCCGAGCAGGGGCUUCCGGUGCCGCAGAAGGUGGGGACUCCAACUCUGGGGCCGUGGGGAUGGUAGUGGCAGGCGGUAGGAAAUCGAGGCGUUCGCGGUCUGAGAGUGAAAUGUCUUCCACAACCUCCAUGGCUGCUAAGAAGAACCGCUGGCAGGUGACGGGUGCAGAUAAACAGAAUGGCCGGCUAGCCAAGGUCAAGGGCCACCGGAGCCAAAAGCACAAGGAGCGUAUACGACUGCUGAGACAGAAGAGGGAGGCAGCCGCCCGGAAAAAGUACAACCUGCUGCAGGACAGCAGUACCAGUGACAGCGACCUGACCUGCGACUCCAGCACCAGUUCCUCCGAUGACGACAAAGAGGUGUCAGGAAACGGCAAGACAAUCACAGGCAACAUCCCAGCUGGCUUCAGUCGCGCCGAAGGUUCUGCAGGAGUGACCGGUCAAAUUCAGGGACUGCUAGACAGCGGCACUUCAUGGGACCGGAACUGCAUUGGCAACGUCUUGGAAGAAGCCAUGAACCGUUUUGCGGUGAUGCAGCGGCAGACAGAGGAGAGGUUUCGUGUGUGGAUGGACAAACUGACUCGACUAGACACCGAUGAUGAGACUAAGCCACGCUCUGAACCCACAGAGCCCCAAAUCCAAAUGAUCGGCCAAAGGGUGCCGCCCACCACCCAGUCCAAUGCGUGCAUGCAAAUGUCCGGCAGCCAUUUGCACUCGCAAGCUUAUACGCCAUAUGUAGUGAGCCACCAAAACAUCGACUCUGAAUCCUUCCAGAUCCCAUUCAACAACAACCACCCUCCUACCAGCUUUUCAGAAAAUGGAAACCCUGCUAGUCAAGAUUUGGAUCACUCGAGCAUUUAAGAACUGUGUCUUUAGGCCUGGAAAGUAUAUAACUUUUAAAUAUUAAUUUCUUUUUGUUUUCUUAUUAUUAAACUCUGGCCAAACUACUGUAAAAUGUGAAUGUUAAAAUAAAAUGAAACAGGCCCUUGUAAUGAGGUUGAGUUCUAAUAGGCUGGAAACAUGACCAUCCCCACACUCCUAUUAAUGGACUUAAAGCACUAAUUCUGCAUGAUCUAGUGUGCUUUGUUUUACUGGGGUUUCUAGUCUAGGAGGCUGUCAUAAUGUGAUGUUAAGACUCAGGUUUUUACAAUGGUGUCAUGAAAACUUCCAGAAUUUUAAACUGGCCACUACAUAACUGUGAAACCAUCUAAAAUAAAAGAGAAAUGUAACCUUCAAGAUGGUGGCCUGACCUUCAGACUUAAUUUUUUAUUUAUUUUUUCUCAUAGAACCUUCCAACUUCAAUUUAGUUGUUGAGGUCUACAUUUAAUCCAAUGCAACCCCAGACUGUGCAAAAUCAUUACCUUUUUGGUCUGCAGCCUUAUUGCUACAGUAUGCACUGGAAUAUUAUAUACGAAAGCUGCUCGGCCGAGCCUUUGACACUGUCAUGCCCGCCCCAGAGGGUACAAAAGGACUGCAUGCACAGAUCUCGGCACCAUUUUUCCUUUCAAGAACUGACCGGGGAGCCUGGUAUUAGAUAAGUACUUCUUGCUUAUAUGUGUAUAAUUUGCUCAUAUCGUGUUUUACAUAAUUUAUACAAUAUAACAUUUGCGUUGUGAUAGUUAUUCUUUUUUUUUUUUUUUUUUUUUUUUUAAAUUAAUUACGCAUAUAUUGUGCACUACAGCCUGUUUGUUAUUUCCCGCAGUGGUCUUGUGCCCCGCGUGAAGCCAGUGGCUUGAUUCGCUCCUUCCCAGGGAUCAAGCAACAUAAGUCGGCUGACUUGUGCUCUCCUCACAGGCUGCUUAGUUCUAUCUUGUUCAAUUAAAAAUCUUGUAUUAAGUUAUGAGACAUUUAUUUUCUGAACCUUUGGACCUGUACUGGUACCGAGGUCACUGACCUGCUCCAUUCCCAACCCGUUGGCAAACCGGGACCGCAGUUACUGCACCGUACCGACCCGGUGCUACAGUCACAAACCGGUACUGUACCGACCCCGUACCGUUGCGCUACCGACCGGUGCUUACACCCCCGGUCCAGUACAAAAAACGGUUUUGUUCGGAUCUUGACCCGGCCCGUUGCUGUCUAUAAGCAGACUGAGACAGCACCUGCAGUUUGUUUACUGUACACUGCAUUGCUACUUGCAUCAUGCCUGGGUUUUAUCACAGCGACACACAUGCAAGGACAAUCUGCCUGUUGAAGACAAGCACGGCAGAGCACGUCAGGGAGGCACUGACUAACCGCAGUUUCUGUGAGGUUUGUGCAUCAUUCUCCAAGCGCACGCUGGAGAAAUGUCUCUCCCGCGGCUGUGCAGGUGGGCAAACAAGAGCUGGUGUUCCCGUCUGAGGGUGUGGAGUCCGACAGUACAUCCCCUGUGGUCAAUCUCUCACUGUCGGCAGAGCUUCUACCGCUGAUCAAGAGGGCCAAUGGAGUCUUGCAAGUGCCCUGUACUAUUAUUAUUUUUAUUAUUUAUAAUAAUAGACCCCCUCCAGUUAGAGAAAGAGUUCUACUCCAGGUACUUCCUAGUGCCCAAGUGGGAUAGUGGCCUCAGACCAAUCCUUGACCGCAGACAGGUCAACCUGUAUUUGAGGCAAAGGAGUUCAAAAUGUUGACAAAGCAACAGCUAUUUCAGUCAAUCAGGCCAGGCGACUGGUUCACCACGGUGGACCUCAAAGGCACCUAUUUCCACAUCCCCAUAACACCAGCGCACAGGAAGUACCUGUGGUUCGCCUUUCAGGUAAACGCGUACAAGUUCUGUGUCUUGCCAUUUGGCCUCUCUCUAGCUCCCUGUGCCAUCUCGAAGUGCAUGGAAGCUAUCCUGGCCCCACUGAGACUCAAAGGCAUCAGAGUGCUCAAUUAUUUGGACAAUGGCUAAUUUGUGCCCAGUCUCCAGCACAGGCAGAGGCCUACACGGAACUUGUCACUGGCCACUUUGAAAGGUUGGGUCUUGCAGUGAAUCUUGUGAAGAGCCAGCUCAUAUCUUCUCAGACAGCCUCCUAUCUAGGAGUGUCCAGUCUGUCGGACGUUAGCGUGCAGAGAAUAGCCACCUUAGAGCACUUUCAGCUCAACAGAGCACUCACAGUAGUGACGUUCCAGCGACUUCUGGGCCAUGUCAAAAAUUAAUCUGUCUCCCCAGGAGCUCACUUCCUGGCGGGGCAUCUUUGACAUGGUGUCUGCCUUCGACCCCACGACCUGACCCAUGGCAGUUAUACUGCAAUUUUGCAUGACCUUUUUGACGGGGGAAAUCCCCUUCCACAUUAAAGGUCUAUCUGGCAGCCAUUUCGGCUUGCCAUGUCAAAAAUGACUGUCUCCCCAGGAGCUCACUUCUGCCGCCUAUGAAGGAUAUUGUUUACAGUCACCUCUUCAAAACGGGUGAGAGAUGAGGUUAUUCUCAAUUUUUGCAGAAGCUAGGACAAAGGUUCCGUACCAAGCCUACUUUUUUGAAUUGGAGGCUUUCCAUCCACCUCCUUUUCAGUCUGACAGAGAGCAGCAGCUCCAUACGCUUUGUCCAGUGCAGGCCCUAACAUAUUGUGGUUACAAGAUGACAAGUUGGAGGCAGUCAGAACAAUUUUUUGUUGCUGUGGGGUGAAGUCCUAUGGUCAAGCCCUGUCUAAACAGAGGCUGUGCAAAUGGAUAGCAGAUAGUCAGAACUUCCUAUGAGUGAGCCAACUUGUCCCCUCCACAAAAGCUCACUGCCCAUUCCACCAGGGGCAUGGCAACCGCAUGGGCUUUAUUCCAGGGUGCAUCUGUCAGACAUAUGCAAUGCAUCCUUGUGGUCUACUUCCCAUACCUUCACCAGGUUCUACAGACUGAAUGUCAUGGAUCCUAAAAACCCUGGCUUCCGAGUCAGCCCUUACAAUACAGGCAUAGAGGUGAGUUUUUUAGCCAUAGUACUUGUUAAUGGGAUUCUGUAACGCACAAGGCAGUCUCAGCUUAACCUUGUAGCAUUCUGGUCGUAAAGCAAUCAUGCCCUUGUGACAGCUUGGGUAUACUGACCUUUUUGGUAAUAGUUACAUUUCGUACUUGAAAGGGAACAUUAGGUUAUUAUCAUAACCCUUGUUUCCCUGAAAUAGAAAUGUAACCAUUUACCUUCAAGUUCGCUGUGUCCAUGAUUGCAGCAGGCUUGAAGGAACAAUUACGUCGAUCUGUGUGCGAAGUCCUUUUGUAUCCUCAGAGGCAGGCAUGACUGCAUCACAGGCUGGGCCGAGCAGCUUUGGUAUAUAAUAAUCAGGUUUCGGGAACCAGGGUUAUGAUGAUAACCUAACGAAUUCUAGUGUGCAUGCAUUAUGUGACAAUUUCCUGGUUUGCAAGCUCCUGGUCAGCUCAACUCUAAAGCUGUCCAUGUUAUUAGAAAACAAAUCAAAUCACGCCUUGACUUGAUGAUUACUGACUUGCAUGUUAUUAUGAUUUUAUAGCUGGUAGUCUGACAUUCUAGUGUACUGCUAAUGUAAAUAAAGAGGAAAAACUGUAGGUUAUACAGCAAGUUUGAUCAGAGUAUGAAGUAUUGUGUGAAAUAACAAAUAGGAGUUUAUUUUGUGGGGCUACCAAAGGACAAACUUUUAAUUGGUAGUAAAGAAAAUAGUGUAAAUUUAACAUGAUGGAAACUGGUAUGUUUGCAUAGAAAUCAGUGUGAGAUUCGCAUUUUUUCUACCAAAUUAUCAUAGCAAUACAAGCAAAUCUGUAUAUUAAGGCAUGCAGGUUCAAUAAGGCAUGGCUAAAAAAGUAAUAUAAAUAGUUUAAGUGGUAUUCAGUGACAUUUUCUAGAACAGGGUACCGAGUGUGCUACAUCCAAAGCAUGCCCUGAAAUUGUAAAAAUCUAGAUUAAACAUGAAUAGACACAUUUUCUAAUAGAUAAUUCAACUUUUUUUUGUUAUUGUGGUUUUUUUUUGUUGGUUUUUUUUUACGUUUUGAAGCUGCUAUUGAAAGAAACUGCUGUUCAUCUUUUGCACAAAUUUCUAGUAACAGAAUUUGACAGGGCUUUGAAAAAUGUGAUUAAUAUUACUCCAUUAUGCUUUCAUACAAGGGGGUGGGUCUGAGCUACAAAAUUGUUUGUUUUCCCAGAGCUUUACGAAAGGGAUGCUUUUUUUCUAUCAUAAACAAAAGACAAAAAUAUGGAUUUCUUCAUGUUAAAGACUAGUUUUGGAGAAAGAGGUUCUGUUUGCAUAGCAAAUGUAUAUCAUUCAAAUUGCCUCAAAGUAUUUGGUGAUAUGUAUCUUCUAAAGCAUUUUUAUAAGAUCCACUAACUUUAUGUUUAAGUUUAAAUUAUAAAACUAGUCCUUUUAAAAAUGUGUGUUAGUGUGUUACGGUGCCAUAUUUUUUUUUACUCUUGUUUUUGACUAUGCUUUUAAAUUCUGUAGUUAAUGGGAAGUGUGUCCGUUUACUUCUCAUGCUCACUCCUCCUAUAGUGAAAAUGUAAUUUUUUUUUUUGUUAUUUUGCAAAGUGACAUUUGUUAAACCUUGUACAUUUGCUGUAAAAUUAACCUAACAAAUACAUUUUCAAAAUGUACAGUGUUUCCUUGUAAUAUUUGAAAAUAAAAGUGCAGUUUGCUUUGGGUAAAGAUAUGUGUUUCAAUACAGUAGAUGGCCUAGGUUACAGAAAAUUUGGGCAACUUGGACAAUUACUGGAGAAAUGUCAAUUUUUAUGGGGUUGCUUUCAUCAUUCUUCCAACCUUGUUUAAAAAGACAGGCUGCAUAUUACAACUUGUUUACUUGUAUUAUUAUUAUUAUUAUUAUUAUUAUUAUUAUUAUUAUUAUUAUUAUUAUUAUUAUUAUUAUUAUUUCUUUCUUUCUUUCUUUCUUUCUUUCUUUCUUUCUUUCUUUCUUUCUUUCUUUCUUUCUUUCUUUCUUAGCAGACGCCCUUGUCCAGGGCAACUUAAAAUGUUUACAAAAUUUCACAGUACAAAAUAUCACUUUACAGAAUAUCAUAAUACAGAUAAGAGCAGUUAUGAAAGUACAAUAAGAGCUAAUCUAAGUAAGAGCAACAUAAAUAAUACAUUAUUAUGGUUUCUGGUAUACCUUUGCAAUGUCAAUUUGUAGUAUCUUUGAUUGCAUGAUAUUAAAUAAAAUAUCAAUUAUGUUCAUAUAGGUUUUUUUGUCUCAAUCCUAAAAUUCUCGGUGAUGCUAAAAUUCUGGCCAUAGCUGUAGACUAAAAUAGUUAUUUUUUAUAUCUGUAUGAUCGUGUCAUUGUCUCUCCCCCCCCCCCCCCCCCCAAAAAAAAGAAAAAAAAAACAUUAAUCUAAAUCAGAGGUUCCCAAACUUUUGAUUGCAGCGUACCCCCCUUCCAGACCUAUCAACUGUCUGCAUACCCCUAGCAUACAGAUUUAUAUUUUCAUGUUGUUUUUAAUAUAUGCAUUCAUAAUACACAGAUUUAUACACAUACACAAUAAUAUACUUACAAUUGAAAUGACUAUAAUAAUAUAAUUACGGCUACUGAUUUUAGGGUUUAACCGAUAAAACAUCCCUUAUACAAAAAAAAAAAAAAAAAUCUGUGUAUAAUGAACACCAGAAAAACACGGAAAUAUACUCAAUUCACAUAACUCAGAAACCUAAUACAUAAAAAAACAAAAACAAACUACCUUUCCCUAACUUGUAUUGAUUAGUUCUGAAUACUUUCUCGACUGGAGGCUUGUUCGUGUGAUUUAAAGCUGUAUCACAGUUAAGAUACGUAGGAUUUAAAACAGAAUUGCAAAUUGUGGCGAAAUGUAAAAAAAAUGCCUAAACACAAAAAAUCCCAGAAGAAUGUGUCCGUGACCACAGAGAUUUCGUUGUGGAAGACAACAAAGGAAAGAAGGUACAAAGUGUGGUACUGUACAGUUACUACUUUGUGACAGAAAAAAAAAAAACAAGCAUUUUGUAAAGUACAGUAACAGAAAACAAUAAUUUCAUACAGUACAUAAAAAUCGAAAGCUCUGAAAAAACGAUUUACAUAAAAAUCGAAAAUAGCUCAUAAUAAGCACCAAAAAAAUGUAAUUAAUAAAAAACUAAAAACAGACGUCAUAAAUAUAAUACAUUUAAUUCGCGUUGUACAGUUAUUGGUGGUGAGAGUUCUGUACGUCACUGUCCCUGUGUAUCUUUGUUCUCAUUGUUACCACUUAGAGGUUUGCAAUAAACGAGCACACCACAGCGUUGAUCCCAAGUGUCCCGCUGCUGCGAGAUUGUCUUGCACGGCUCUCUGUUUGUUUCUCCAUUUCACGGCAGAAAUUAAAAGGAAUUUCCAAUGUGUUUUAAAGUUUUGUGUGAGUAUGACAAGUCUUAUGAAAAUGCAAAAAAAAAAAAAAAAAACUAAAAGAAAAAUGUUCGCCAUUACACAAUUUGUCACGCAUACCCCCUAAACACGUCUCGCGUACCCCUGGGGGUACGCGUACCCCAGUUUGGGAACCUCUGAUCUAAAUUAACUGUAAGGAAUUGUAUUUUAAUGUAAUUUUAUUUCAGAACGCUCCAUUUAAAAAGUGUACUGUAGUUCAGUAACCUGUGGGUUUUUGGAUUAACCGUACACCAAUGAUGGCAUGUUAAUACAGUAUUGGUGUCAUAUAAUUUCCUUUCAUCUUUAUUGCUGCCUUUGUAUAUCAUAGUUCUGUUUUAAAUUAUUUUAUUUUUUAAAUGCAUUUGUAACAACAAAUUUGAAACAUGUCAGUGCUAUACACUUUUUUUAUAUUAUGUGAUUACUGAGAAAGUAAGUGCAUAGGGGAUUUAUAGAAGCUGGUGUGUUUUGCUAAUGAGUGGGGGUUAUUUGUAGCAUGCUCCAAAUUGAAAGCAUGGCUGGUUGCAGAUGUCCGAUGUAUUUAUAGUCUGUGAUGCUGCAUACUUGGCUAUUUUUUAUUUUUUUUCUGGGUGUCAUUAAUAUUUAUUGAAAUGUAGAUAUGUAACCCUGACAAAGAAUAUUGGUACAUUUUAAAUUGUAAGCAAAGAUGAUUUAAAGUGCAGAAGCUACGAAAGUGAAGCUACAAAGAGCAUUUAAGAUGGCUUUUUCUACUGAUGAAGAAUUGAAGUAGUUUCCGAGCACAAGUAUUUUAAUGGGUAGGUGACCAGAGUAUUAAUCUGCAUGAUUUUAUAUUAAUCAGAUGUAUGUUUGUGCAUGGUGAUUAUCAUAUCACUACGUGUUUAGUACAAUGCUAAAUUUUCAAUGUUUUUAGGCUGUUUUUUCUACUAACCAUUUUGAAAAACACAUUUCUGAGAUUCAAUAUUUGACGUUAACUAUUCCAGUAAUAUAACAGUUGCAAUAUUGUACUUUGCUCUCAAGUUAUGUCUUCUGAACUAAAGCCAGAUCCAAAAGUGUUUCUGCAGUGACAUGGCUUUGCUUUGGCUAUGUUACAAUAAAGUACAUUUUCAUUAGUUUUAGCUGACAUUUCAUAAAUCAUUUCACUUUGCAGCAUAAUUAUCGACAAAUGAUGCAGAAUUCUGCUUUGUUUUAAUAAGAAAUGAUAAUGAAUAAAGCAUGAAACAGUAAAAUGUUGGCUGUUUGAUAAAAUGUGUUCUUUAAAUAAGAGUGACUAUCUUGUUGAAUAUAUUUUUUUUUUAUAGGCUACCUAUCUGUUUUCUUUAUGUGUUUUUCAUAUGUGAUAGCACUGGAUUCCCAACAAAAUGUGCCAAACCACAAAUCCAUUUGUUCAAGAGACCAGGGUUGAGUUUAGAUAACUUUUUUUUUUUUUUUAAUUAAAUGUCAGACUGCAUAGCAAAAAAGCCUUGAAAUUUGCUUUAAACUAAUUUACUGCUGUAAUUACAUAAUAUCACAGGAGACAAACUAAAAUCUUGGACUAAUUCUGGAAAUGAUUGAAUAAGAUGUAGAAUACUCUCAUUACCCUGGUAGAACCUGGGUUUCUUUAACCUUAAACACUCAAUAUGUGAAAUACUGUAUACAGUAACCAGUACACACUUGUGUAUGCAUGAGCUUACACAGUAUGUGUGUACAGUUUAGUCUAGAUAAACCACAUGAGCUUGUAUGCAAGACUAUUGAAUGAGAGGAAAAGAUACAGCAGAAGUGAAAAUACAUUAGUACCCCAUCUAAUGUACAAUACUUGUAUAUGAACUUUUAUUCUUUUGAUAUUGUUCACUAUUCCAACUUCCCAGUUACGCUAAUGAAUAACCCUCUAGAACCUCACGUCUUGCACUCAUCUUCAGCAACUGGGUCGCUUAUUUUGAUGAUGAACAUGGACACAUGGGCCAAUGCAGUAUAUGAAGCCACAGGAGGAAUUGUCAUAAGUUUCCACUGAAGAUGACAAUACCUAGGGAGAGGGUCGAACUUUCAGUAGUAUACAAACAGAUUUAACCAUAGCAGUGUUAUUUUCUGUGUUGGAAAAGCCAGUGUUUUACAAUCCUGUUAGAACAGAGCAAGUAUAACCUAUAUACUGUAGGUCCAGUAAUACAGACGUGCUCAAAUUUGUUGGUACCCUUACAGCUCAUUGAAAUAAUGCUUCAUUCCUCCUGAAAGGCAAUGAAAUUAAAAGCUAUUUUAUCAUGUAUACUUGCAUGCCUUUGGUAUGUCAUAGAAUAAAGCAAAGAAACUGUGAAAAGAGAUGAAUUAUUGCUUAUUCUACAAAGAUAUUCUAAAAUGGCCUGGACACAUUUGUUGGUACCCCUUAGAAAAGAUAAUAAAUAAUUGGAUUAUAGUGAUAUUUCAAACUAAUUCGUUUCUUUAAUUAGUAUCACACAUGUCUCCAAUCUUGUAAUCAGUCAUUCAGCCUAUUUAAAUGGAGAAAAGUAGUCACUGUGCUGUUUGGUAUCAUUGUGUGCACCACACUGAACAUGGACCAGAGAAAGCAAAGGAGAGAGUUGUCUGAGGAGAUCAGAAAGAAAAUAAUAGACAAGCAUGGUAAAGGUAAAGGCUACAAGAC